GGCGUCGUCGGCCCGGCACCCGCGGCGGGGCCCGGCCCGGCCUGGCCUUGCUCCCCGGUGUUGUGGGCGGCAGGCCUGCCUCCCGCCGCGUAGGGGCAGGGUGAAGCGCUGGGGCCCGCCCCGGAGCCGCGAGCGAGGCGCUCCCUGAAGGGCGGCCAAGUAGAGCCCUCGGGGCCGCGGUAGCCGUAGUCAUGGUGCUCGUAAGGGUCGCAGUGUGGGCCUUCUCUCCCAUCGCUCGGUCCCCGUUUCCUGGCGGACAGCUUAUUGUUGAAACUCUGAAGGACAGUGGGCAGAAACUAGGAGGUUUUGGUGACCCGUAGCCCUGGCCCUGCGGGCUCGUCGUGGCGUAUUUCCUUAACGAAGUGUUGCCUCUUGAACAGUCACUUCUUUGCAGCAAGCCGACACUCUGCCCUUGGUGAGGAAGCGUCAGCAAUGUCUGCUAGCAGCAGACCCAUCCCUUCCACCUCACAAGAGUUCUUGUUAAUCAAGGAGGCAAGCUCACAAGACAGGCUAAGAGGUCAUUGUCUCAAAAGACCUCAAGGACACAGGAGGCAGCUCCCCCUAAAUCUGCUUAACUUUGUUUACAAAGUAAUCGCCAGUCCGUUCGUGAGAGAAGGGCUUUGAACCAGCCACUGCAGAGAAACUGCUAUAUGAAACAAAUUCAUUAAAGGAGGCUUGACAGAUACCAAGGUGAAAGCUGACUUAGCUGCCUUCACAACAGCAGUGUAAGUGAGAGUCUCUAAUGUAAUUUAAAUCUUUGGAAGAUAUUUUUAACUGGUAUUUCAUUAAUGACAUCUCAUGGGGGGAAAAUAAGGAAGACUUCAAGAUAUCUGCUUUUAAAAAGUAGGAGAACAUACGGGUAUGGCCUCACAAGUCUUGGUCUAUCCACCAUAUGUUUAUCAAACCCAGUCAAGUGCCUUUUGUAGUGUGAAGAAACUCAAACUAGAACCAAGCAGUUGUGUGUUCCACGAAAAAACCUACCCGCAAAUCUAUGUGAAUGGUAAAAACUUUGGAAUUUCUCCCCACAGAGUUAGUACUUUCUUUCAGACUAAAAACCCAUUUGACAGACCUCGAGGACAGAACUUUUUGUUGCAGUCAAAUGCUGUUGCUUUAAGAAAUAUUGCAGGUGCUACAAAAGUGUUAGCAGCGCGGGCGCAGCAAGCUCAGUUAGAGGCACCUCGGACUGGGACGCAAGGAAGCCGAUCAGAUAUCCUGGAAGGACCCCAGCGAUGUGGAUUGAAGCGUAAGAGCGAAGAGCUGGAUAAUCAAAACAGCACGAUGCAGAUUGUUGAUGAACUGUCCAUUCUGCCUGCAAUGUUGCAAACCAACGUAGGAAACCCAGUGACGGUUGUGACAACGGCUGCAACUUCGAAACAAAGUAGUACAAGUGGAGAUGGAGAUUACCAGUUAGUACAGCAUGAGGUAUUGUGCUCUGUGAAAAACACUUACGAGGUUCUUGAUUUCCUUGGGCGAGGGACCUUUGGACAAGUAGUGAAGUGCUGGAAAAGGGGGACAAAUGAGAUUGUGGCAAUCAAAAUUUUGAAGAAUCAUCCUUCGUAUGCACGCCAAGGACAAAUAGAAGUGAGCAUAUUAGCGAGACUGAGUACUGAAAAUGCUGAUGAAUUUAACUUUGUGAGAGCCUAUGAAUGCUUCCAGCAUCGUAACCAUACUUGUCUGGUUUUUGAGAUGUUGGAACAGAAUUUAUAUGACUUCCUGAAACAAAACAAAUUCAGCCCUCUGCAACUGAAAGUAAUUCGGCCUAUUCUGCAACAGGUGGCCACUGCACUGAAAAAACUAAAAAGUCUGGGUUUAAUCCAUGCUGACCUCAAACCAGAGAACAUUAUGUUGGUGGAUCCUGUUCGGCAGCCUUACCGGGUUAAAGUAAUAGAUUUUGGGUCUGCCAGCCAUGUAUCAAAGACUAUUUGUUCAACCUAUUUACAAUCUCGGUAUUACAGAGCACCAGAGAUCAUACUGGGAUUGCCGUUUUGUGAAGCCAUAGACAUGUGGUCGUUAGGGUGUGUGAUUGCAGAGCUGUUUCUUGGAUGGCCACUGUACCCAGGAGCACUGGAAUAUGACCAGAUUCGUUAUAUUUCACAGACUCAAGGUUUGCCAGGAGAGCAGUUGUUAAGCAUGGGAACGAAAACUGCAAGAUUUUUCUGUAGAGAAACGGAUGCACCAUAUUCUAGUUGGAGAUUAAAGACAUUGGAAGAGCACGAGGCAGAGACAGGUAUGAAGUCUAAAGAGGCCAGAAAGUAUAUUUUCAACAGUUUGGAUGAUAUAGUGCACGUGAACAUGGUGAUGGAUUUGGAAGGAAGUGACCUGUUGGCAGAGAAGGCAGAUAGGAGGGAAUUUGUCAGUCUGUUGAAGAAAAUGUUGCUUAUCGACGCUGAUUUAAGAAUCACUCCAGCUGAGACCCUGAACCAUUCUUUUGUUACCAUGAAGCACCUCCUUGAUUUUCCUCAUAGCAACCAAGUGAAGUCCUGUUUUCAUAUCAUGGAUAUUUGCAAAUGCAGAUCAAAUUUGUAUGACUUAAGUAAUCGCAAUAAAACAUCACUUAUGAGACCAGUUGCCUCAGGCAGUGCGGCUAAUCUGACUGCGAGCUUUACCAAAAUUGGUCCAGUAAGAAGUCAGGCAUUAACUGCAUCUGCCCAUUCAAUUUUGCACCAAGGGAUACCACUGCAGGCAGGAACUGCUCAGUUUGGUUGCAGUGAUGUUUUCCAACAGGCAUUGAUUAUAUGUCCACCAACUAUUCAAGGAAUUCCUACAAACCAUAGUAAACCCACCAGUUUCUCCCUGAGGGUGGAUAAUGCUGUUCCAUUGGUGACCCAAGCCCACACAAUUCAGCCGCUACAGAUUCGAGCAGGAAUCCUUUCUCAGACAUGGUCAAAUCAGACCCAGCAAAUACUGGUUCCUGCAUGGCAGCAAGUAGCACCAGUGGCAGCUCCUGCUACAUCUCUGGCCUCUGAUCCUGUGGCUGGCCCACAGAGGCUUGGAGACUGGGGGAAGAUGAUUACCCAGGGCACCCAUUACAAUUCAAUGAUACCACAGCCUCUUUUAACACAUCAGAUAACCUUGUCUGCCCCUCAGCCAAUUAGUGUGGGCAUCGCGCAUGUUGUCUGGCCUCAGCCUGCAGCUACCAAGAGGAACAAACUGUGUCAGAACAGGAGCAAUGUGUUACAAAAUACCAAUAUCCAAAAUUCAGCCUUUAUAUCUCCAAAGAUACUUAACCUGAAGGCUGUAAAGAGAAUAAGUUGUAUAGAAGCACAGGACAAUCAUAACUCAGAAGGACAGGAAAGUAACUGUUGUGAAGCAUCGGUCAGGCUGGACCCUGAUUCAUCUCUUUCAACCAAACAGCGCCAGGCUAUCUUCAUUGCCGGUUCCCCCAGCCCAGCAGUCAGUGUCAUCACCAUCAGCAGUGACACAGAUGAAGAUGACCUAGGACGAACGCACUCACUGAGAGAGUGUAAAGGUAGCCUUGACUGUGAAGCCUGCCAGAACACCCUGAACAUUGACCGCGUGUGUUCUCUCAGCAGUCCUGAUAGCACUCUGAGUACUAGCUCCUCGGGACAGUCUAGUCCAUCUCCUUGCAAGAGAUCCAACAGUAUGUCAGAUGACGAACAGGAAAGUGGAUGUGAUACGGUGGAUGGUUCUCCAACUUCAGACUCUUCAGGACAUGACAGCCCAUUUGUGGAAGAUGGCUUUGUAGCUAAUACCAAUAAAAAUAAGGAAGCAAGACCAUCAGUUAAUCCUGAAACCAAAUCAGCUGUUUGCACAGUAGUGGUACCACCAAUGAGACUUGAAAACAGGUUACAUCUUGAUGAACAGAUGGUGAAUACAGAUGCUAUGUGCCAGCCACUGAAAAAGGGGCGGUCUGUCCUGGGAAGAAUAAACCAGUCUUCUAUUGUAGGAAACCGUCAGCAAAAACUGACAUCAGCAUUCCAUCAGCAACAUACAAACUUCAGUCAGGUUCAGCACUUUGGAUCUGGGCCACAGGAAUGGAACGGAAACUAUGCUCAUUGGAGGCAGCAGGCUUACAUCCCAGCCGGCGUUGCCGGUCAUGCUUUCUCCCUUCCGCAAGGAAGUCCAAAUCACACUACUGUGCACGCGCAUCUCUCUGGAAGUACCCACCUUGGAGGACAGCCUGCUAUUCUUCCAUACCCGUCGUCGGCACCCCUUAGUACUGCUGCGCCUGUUGCCCACCUCCUUGCCUCGCCAUGUACCUCAAGACCCUUGUUACAACAUCCAACGUACAAUAUAUCUCAUCCCAGUGGUAUAGUACACCAAGUUCCAGUUGGCAUAAAUCCCCGUCUCUUACCUUCCCCAACCAUUCAUCAGACUCAGUACAAACCAAUUUUCCCACCGCAUUCGUACAUUACAGCAUCACCUGCUUACACAGGAUUUCCAUUGAGCCCAACAAAACUCAGCCAGUAUCCAUUUAUGUGAGAACUCAAAUACAGUAUAUUGAGGAAGCUCAAUGAUACAGAAGUUUGAUUUAAGAAGAAACAUGGUAUUUAUUAAAUAUUAGCCAUGGCACAACAGGAAAAUUAUUUUUUUGAAUCAUGUAGACUUGGGUGCAAUUUAAACUCUGAGCUUUAAAAAAAAAAAAACAAACUCACUUUUAAUGUGUUUUGCACAUUUGGUAUAACUUGUCUUUGGUCAUGUUAUCUUCUUAUAUAGUAACUUUAGACAGGUGACUUAUGGGAGCAGAAAUCUGGUUUUGCUCCCGCUAUUUUUUAUAAAAUUGCCUUCUAACUAGUGCAAGACACGUCUACAUUUGGGAAGCCAUUCAGUGUACAGAACUAGAGCAACAGAUGCACAUGUGUCAGCAGUACAGUGUAGAAGUAACUUGUUUGUAUUGCGUAUCUUGGUGUUUAAAUGUUGAGUCACUUAUCUAAAAGUUGAGCUGUUGUUCUUCACAUUGCAUGUGUCUUUUGCAUGGGCAAAAAAAAAAGCCUAAACAUUGCUCUUAAAUGUUGUUGUCCUAAUAAUCUCAGCUGCAUUGUAAACUGUUCCCACACAUAGUGCCUUAAAUAUUUGAGGUUGUUAAUGUUAUUACUUAUAUAUAAAUGUUGAGGACUGCAGCACUUAAAAAUUCAGAUCUGCUGAUUUUUUGAUAGCGUAAUGCUCAUUUUGGGUUUUGUGUGGUAUGAUUUUAGUAUUGGGUGUGUUUUCCUUAUCGAGAAGGCAGCAUGUUUUGCUGUAGCCGAAUUUUGCUGUCUUUUUUUCCCCCAGAAUGAUCUAGCUUCAAGACAAGACUUUAGUAGUGCUUAAGAAAAGUUGAUUCAGUAGCUAUUGAGUAGUGACACACAACACAGUAUUUCAUACAGGUAAAUGGAACUGCAGUACAACCCAAGUAGUUUAUUUUAAAAGUGUUUGUCUAAUUGGAUAUAAUAAAAUGUUUAGAGGUGGGGUAGGCAUGACUGACUAGCUAAUGAAAGAAAAAGCCAAGUGCUCAUUGAUCCAUGAUGUGGUUUCAUCUUAGCUUGAGCAAACCAUGCAGUAUUUAAUAACUAGUAGCAGAGUAUUUACUAUUGAAGCUUGAAAAGAUGUGAGUUCUUUGUGUGCAAUCUUACAUUUAUGCAUGGGAGAGAUUUUAGUCUUUUUACAUUAUAGUAUUUGUUUUAGCCUGUUGCGGGUGUUUGCUUAUUUAAUACAUUCCGUCAGGGACGUAAAUUACAUGCUUUUUGCUUUUUUUUUUUUUUUUCCCUUAGGAAGUGUGUCUUUUCGUUUUUUGUUUUGUUCAAAUGAAGUUGCUUUUGCAGCACCAAAGACUUAAUCAUCCAUUUCCUAUACAAGGUAGCUACUUUUUCAUAGACCUCAAGUAUACUGUAGUGUAGAGAUGGGGUUUACAGAAGGUAUUAAGCUGAGGCUGUGUUUUAGCUUACGGGCAAGUAAUAAAUUGUAUCAUUUAUCUUGAAUGUAUCAUAGAUAAGCUGCUAUAUAAUGAUUGCCACUUCAGAUAGCUGUGAAAUUAGGUGAUUAACUAGUUCUUUCUUAGCCUUCUAAUUUCUGUACAAGUCUAAUUACAUGAAAUAGAAGCCGGGUUUUGGGUUUGGGUGUUUUUUUGUUUGUGUUUUUUCUUUUUUUUUUUAAAUUUUGUUUUCAUGUUUGAAGUGUCGUAACUACUAUACUGUAAAUGAUGGAAGAUGAUUGCAUAUGUUUUUUUGGUGUGUGUUAUUUGCAUCAGUAUUUUAUCUCCAUUAACUUUGAGCUCAUCACUGCAUAUAAGUGGAUGUAUUGAUGUAACUUAAUUUUUUUUAUGUUUUCAUAUUGGCAUUGUGUAGACACUUAAGAAGCUGCAUCUUGCAGGCUUGACUUAACUUUUUUUUAAAACAAAAUCUGGAAUACAAUCCUUGCAAUGUUGACUGGAAUAAGAGUGCAAAGCAUUUGAGUUUAACUCUGUCAAUAAGCUAAUAACUGGUAAUCUUUUUCUUUACUCCACUAACACAAGCAGUGUUUUAUUUAAUGAAUGUCUGAAUGAAAUAAAUGUGCCUACAUUUGAUUUAUUUUUUAAGUAAUAACUAAAAUAAACAGUAUUAGAUCAUAAAAAAUAAUAAAAAUACCAGCAGUACAUUUUUAAUCACACUGAAAAUUAAGAAACCUAACUUUUCCCAAAAGUUUCAGUGUUUUUAGUAAUCAACUCUAUGCAUUUUGUACAAGUGUGUGUAUAUAAAGUAUACAUUAGAAACUAGGAGUAUCCUGAUGAAUUUGAAAUCUUAUCAACACAUAUAUAAAGCCUAAAUAUAGGGAGUCAAGAAAAUGCUCAAAUUGGAUAUCCACCUUACCACUUCAAACUUGUGCUAUAUGGUCCAGCAGAUAGUUUUGUGUUCACUCCCUUGUGUUGGGAAGCGAUGUUUUUUUGGUGCUUACUCCAUUGCAGGCAAUGGACACACCAAGAAUCACCAAUGCAAAUGGAGUAGAUGAAUUUUGUAUUGUGAUAACAAAAAAAUACUGCAUCUUUUUUUCUGGGGCCAUGGGGAUCUUCAUUGGUCUAAUGUAUUUACUGUACUUUAUUUUUACUGUGCUUAAGGUUUUAAGCUAACGUGCUUGUUAAAUUGACACAAUUAGCUGUAUAUCACAACAGUAUCCUAUCGUACGCAGGAAAAAGUUGCUGUAAAUGCGCCCCGAAUUAGAUCUGCUGCUCUUUCUGUGUAUUGUAAUUUUAGAAAUGUCUGCAUUUCAAAGAACGAAAUAUUUGAGAUCCUGCCACAGCUUAAAUUCAAUAUACCGGGUGACUUUUUCCCCCAUCCUGCAAUACACCCGGAGAGAACGGACUCUUGUCACUGCAAGUGUCCGGGGCCCAUCUGCAGAAAAAAAAAAAGCUUUCAGGGCGAGGACCUUUUCUGUGGAAAAAGUCAUCUUCUGAGAAGCAUUUAUACACGUUACCGUUUUAAUGCCUUUUUUAAAUAAAACACUGCAUGACUACGGAAUUGCAUAUCUGCAUAUUACUUUAAUUUGCAAGAUUUUAUAUGAAUUUCUUGUGUUCAGUUUUUAACUUUACUUCAGGGUGUUCUAUUGGUCAAAUAUGCUACUGUAUUAACUUUCUUGGUUUUCAUUUUUAAAUUUUCUGUUUUUACUGCUAAUUAACUUGGUUUGUGUUAAGUAAAAGUUAAAUCACACUGCAAGCUGUAGGAAGACUUGUUCUAGAAAUACCCAGUGAUAGAGACUUGAUUAAUAAGUUUGAACUGUUACUGUUUAACAAUUUGUAGACUUGUGGCUUUUUUUUGCUUUGGAUUUCUAUGCUACACUAGUUCGCCAUGUAGCAAUUGCACUGUGCAAUAUUACAAUAUGAGGACUGGGAAAAUUUUUUAUGGAUGUAAUGUCUCUUACAGUUUGCGAUAGUAUUUCUUUCUAGUUCUCAGUGAUUUAAAUGUGACCAAGCCUUCUGUACUUUGUCACAAAAAGCGGGUUUUCCAGGUGACUAUUUUGGUGAGUGUCAAAAUAAGAAUUUAUGGUGUAUUACUGUCGAGAUUCACUUUGAAUUAAAAUAUAUAUUGCAGCAGA